ACCCUUACUAACUUAGCCAGCAGAAUAUGACUUGUAUUUGACUGCUCAGCUGCUAGGAUUCAAACCUCCCAUGGCACCGAUGAACCAAUCUUUUGAAGAGGCUAUUUAAAUCAUAGCUAUGUUAAAAAAAAGUUUUGUGGUUAAGGUUUUGAGCCAGAUUUUAUAGUGUAUAAAUAUCCAUGUGUGUAUCCUGUUACGGAUGAUAACAAUGCAGGCAAGACAGUGUUACUUAUAUAAAGUGAGGAAGAUGCUUUAGAAACACCUGACUGUAAAAAGACACCUGUGUACACCUGACUGUAAAUGGACACCUGUGUACAGAACACCUGGCUGUAAAAGGACACCUGUGUACAGCACACCUGACUGUAAAGUGACACCUGUGUAACACCUGACUGUAAAUAGACACCUGUGUAACACCUGGCUGUAAAGAGAGAUCUGUGUAACACCUGGCUGUAAAGAGACAUCUGUGUAACACCUGGCUGUAAAGUGACAUCUGUGUAACACUUGGCUGUAAAGUGACAUCUGUGUAACACCUGGCUGUAAAGAGACAUCUGUGUAACACCUGGCUGUAAAGAGACAUGAUUUAAAAGCUUCCUGAUCCUACCUAUCAGUACCUAUUGACAGUUUCAUACCUAGUUGGAUUAAUUAAUCCAUUGGACACUAUAGUGUUUUUAUAGCUUGUUUGUGUGUUACAAUGACAACUGCUGGUCAUUAGAGAUUUAUUUAGUCCAUCCUAAAGCUUGGUGUAUGACCAGGGGAGGAAAAGAUCUGUUACCAUAACAACCACAGUUAUACAAAAUGGCCAAAGUUGGUUUUAUAAGAGUGAAACUCAUGGAGGUGGAGAAGGGUGCCAGAAUGGAAUCUAAUGCGGGUGACCUGUUUGACCCCUAUGUGGCUAUCAAUGUGAAGGAAUCGGUGAAUACACCAGGUAGAGGACCACAGCUUGUACAGAAGAAGAGAACAAUUUAUCCGGAGUGGAAUACAUGCUUUGAUGCACAUCUUUACGAGGGACGUGUCAUUAACAUGAUUGUCAUGGAAAGGCCCAACCGUCUCCUAGCCGAAGUUACAGUCCCCUCACAGACUUUGGCGGAAAAAUGCAACGAUGGCAAUAUAGCCACAGUAUGGCUGGAAUUAAAACCAUCAGGUCGACUACAAAUACAAGUGCGAUAUUUCUCUGAAAAUGAAGAACAAGUUCCAUCUUUAGCAGAGCCAGACAAGGUCAACACAGGAGGUGCCAUCACACGACGUCGGGGUGCCAUUAAACAACAGAAAGUUCAUGAAGUCAAAGGACAUCAGUUCAUUGCAAAAUUCUUCCGUCAACCUACCUACUGUUCAUUUUGUAACGAGUUUCUGUGGGGUUUAAACAAACAAGGCUAUCAGUGCAAAAUGUGUAAUUGUGCAGUCCACAAAAAGUGUCAUGACAAAAUCCUUGGGCAGUGUCCAGGAAGCGCUAAAGACAGUAGGGAAACAAAGAUGAUGUCAGAGAGAUUCAAUAUAAAUGUCCCACACAAAUUUAAGGUCAAUAACUACAUGUCCCCCACCUUCUGUGAUCACUGUGGUACUCUGCUUUAUGGACUUUUCCGGCAAGGUUUAAAGUGUCAAGUUUGUGGAGUAAACUGUCACAAGAAGUGUGAGAAGUUCAUGCCAAAUUUAUGUGGCGUCAAUCAGAAACUACUUGCAGAAGCUUUGGGGGAAGUUCGCAAAACACCAGGAGCUGUUAAGUUACCAAAUAGCAACUCAACUACAAAUGUACCCAAAUCAGCCAAAGGAACAAACAGAGACAAACAUAAGUUAAUUCCAGAAGACAGCUCAGAUGAAGACAGUCCAAGCUAUGAGAAGAUCUGGGAUAAAAGUGGUGGUCCUCCGUUGGAUCCUCCUCCAAGGGCUGGUGUCCCAAAGAAAAAGUUUUCCCCUGGAGAAUUCACUUUCCUCAAAGUUCUUGGCAAAGGCAGUUUUGGAAAGGUCAUGUUAGCAGAGUUGAAAGGUCAGAAGAAGUACUUUGCAAUCAAGGUGCUGAAGAAGGAUGUGGUUUUGGAAGAUGAUGAUGUGGAGUGUACGUUGAUAGAGAAGCGAGUGUUGGCCCUUGGUUGUAACCAUCCUUAUCUAACCCACCUCCACAGCACCUUCCAAACAACAAGUCAUCUGUUCUUUGUAAUGGAGUACCUCAAUGGUGGCGACUUGAUGUUCCAUAUACAGGUGUCGGGGAAGUUUGACAUCCCUAGAGCUCAAUUUUAUGCAGCAGAAAUAGUGAGCGGCCUUCAGUAUUUGCAUUCACAGGGCAUAGUGUACAGAGAUUUGAAAUUAGACAAUGUGAUGUUAGACCGAGAUGGCCACAUAAAGAUUGCUGACUUUGGAAUGUGUAAAGAGGCAAUAUUCAAUGACAACAAGGCCACAACAUUUUGUGGCACACCAGAUUACAUUGCUCCUGAGAUCCUGAAGGGAUGGCGAUACAACUCAUCUGUUGAUUGGUGGUCCUUUGGUGUGCUGUUGUACGAGAUGAUGAUUGGACAAUCUCCGUUCCAUGGUGAUGAUGAAGAUGACCUCUUCCAUUCUAUUCUACAUGACACACCACACUAUCCAAGAUGGCUGCCGAAGGAAGCUGCUCAAAUUCUUAGUCUGCUGUUCAUCAGGCAACCUAAUGAGCGAAUGGGAAUGCCUGGUUGUACCUCUGGACCAAUCAAAUCACAGCCAUUCUUCAGGAACAUUGAUUGGGAGCGCAUGGAGGGAAGACAAGUGGAGCCACCAUUCAAACCAAAGAUUAAAAGUGAUGGUGACUUCUCCAACUUUGACUCUGACUUCACUGCGGAGAAACCAAAUCUGACCCCGCCAGACAAAGAUCUGUUAAAGACCAUGGAUCAACGUGUGUUUGCAGGUUUCAGUUUCACAAGCGCCAAAGCUUUGUGAGAGUAGGAUGUAAUAGGAUGUUUUAAAUACUUGACCUGAGAAUAAUCGUAGAUAUUUAGAUUUUCAUGUCACGUGAUGAUUAAGAACAAGUAAUGCUAUGCGGAUUUGCACACAAUUUGGUUCUGUUUUGGACAGUUUGAAUGAAAAUCCUUUGAUUCUUUUGUGAAUUUUUUAAGUAUUUAUUUAACAUGUUUUGCUUAAUUACAUGCCCACUGGAUUCUGGAUGAAAAUGGUAAUGAUAUCCAUCGCUUUCAUCUGUCAAGGAUUGAACACACUUUUUUAUAGGUGAAUGUGUAUAAAAGAAAUUCAUGUAAGAUUGGAGAUUUCUUCAUUUGAAAUGCAAACUGCAUUUAUUUACUAGUGACAAAAAAAACACCAAGGAAUGUCUUGUACUGUCAAGAGAACUAACAGAAAAUGAUGUGAUACUUCCAAUAUGUAUACAGAACAUGUAUGUGAUACUAAAGCGGUUCUCCAAGCACAGUACUUGUGGUAUAUACGAGUGUGAAGACAGAACUCUGACAGACUCAAAGUCACUAUAACAAAUAGCAACCCACAAUCAAUUUCUUUUGUUCCAUUAAUUGUAUUUCAAUAGAAUUGUUUUCUGCUAUAUAUUGUUAAUCAAUAGAAGGCUACAUUGUAAACUUUGUUAUUUAAAUCAAAGACAUAUUUUUAAAGGUGUAAAUGAUUGAAAUGUUUAUAUGUCCAUAUAAACCAAAACCCAAUUCUUGUUUCAUUUGCGAUAACGUGAUAAAACAUUUUUAUAUCUUAUGUAUACUGAAACAGUACUCAGAACUAUAUCUUAUGUGAAGCAAUGUGUUUUAUCACUUCAUCAUUUCUGAAAUGAUUUUUACCCUACAAUAGUGUGGUAGAUAUGUAUAUGAGAGAUAUUUUUGAACUUUUCCUAACACCUUAUUGUAUCAAGUGUUCAUCUUCUUUUACCAUACAUUUUAGAUUUUGAUAUAAAACAAGACUAUGGUUGGUCAGAGCUACAUUCGGCAAAAACACUCACUUUUUGUAGCUUUUCAUGGCUGAUUGCUGUUUCAACAAAUUUUCCUUUGAACAUAUUCUAGUACAUUUUCUUUUUUCUUUGUUUUUUUUUUAACUUCUUCAAACACAUUAUAGAAAUGAUAAACUCACUUGACAUGGAUAUCCAGUAUGAAACUUGGAUGAAUAGGUUAAUGUAUGAAGUGAGUAAAGUGAUUGGCUGAUGAUAUCACUAAUAGGACAUUUUGUUUGUACUGAUGAUAUAACUGGCUAAUUCCAGUGAUUAUAUCAUUUGUUUGGCUGUUAGGAUGAUAUCACUAAUAAGACAUUUUGUUUGUACUGAUGAUAUAACUGGCUAGUUCCAGUGAUUAUAUCAUUUGUUUGGCUGUUAGGAUGAUAUCACUAAUAGGACAUUUUAUUUGUACUAUCAAUGUAAGAUGUACAUGGUUAGAUUAUAGUUCACUGUUAAUAGUUGAGGGAAUGGAAUUGCAACCAAACUGAAAUCAUGACUUUGUGAUUAAAAUCCACCUCAAAGUAUGUUAUUGAUAGUGAUUGCUGGUUUAUGAUUAUACACCUUAAACAGAUACAUUGCAUUAUUAUAUUGACUGAUUACCAAAUAAUCUUACUUCAUAUUUACAUAUAGUAUGUGACAAAGACACUUGUGGUUCUGGUAACUAACAGGGUCCAUUUUCAGCCAAAGACACUUUUGUACCUGGUAACUAAGGCGGUCUUUUUUUGGUCAGAAAAAACAAAACACUUGCAUACCAGAUAACUUAACAGAGUCCAUUUUUGAUUGUCCAAAGAUACUUGUGUUUCUGGUAACUAACAGGGUCCAUUUUUGAGCAGAAAAAGACACUAGUAUUUCUGAUAACUAACAGAGUUCAUUUUUUGAUGAGACAAAGAUAUAUGUAUAUGUGUUUGUGGUAACUAAUAUGGUCUGUUCUUUCUGUUUAGUUAAUAUUUGGCAUUAAGAUAAAUUACUGGUUUGAUCCUAAUAUUUGUCAUUAAGAUAAAUUACUGGUUUGAUCCUAAUAUUUGUCAUUAAGACAAAUUACAGGUUUGAUCCUAAAAUUUGGCAUUAAGACAAAUUACAGGUUUGAUCCUAAUAUUUGUCAUUAAGACAAAUUACAGGUUUGAUCCUAAUAUUUGUCAUUAAGACAAAUUACAGGUUUGAUCCUAAAAUUUGGCAUUAAGAUAAAUGCUGGUUUUGUAGAUGGCCUGUUAUGUAUGAUUUAAUGUAUGAUAUAAGUACUGGAUUUUACUUGUACUUGAAUUACACAACAUUGUAUGGACUUUUUUCAAUAUUAACAAAUUUUCCCUUAUAUGGUAAUAAAUAGUUGUUGUCGACUCCUAAAAACACCGUUUCUGAUGUUACACUUAAAAUGUUAUAUUUGUACAUAUUUCCAUUAAUUAGGCAUGCUAAAUGCAUAGUUAUAGUUAUCAUUCUGCUUGCUCAAAUUUACAUUAAUUGUGCUCAUUUGAGAAAUCCAACCAUUUGAAUUCUUACUUACGUGUAACUCAAAUAUAUCUUGUUUUGUUAUAACUACAUUUUUAAGCAUAAAUCCAUUUAGUACAUUGUUUUAUAUAUAAAAAUAUAUAUAUUCCUACUCCUGCAAAAUGAGAUGUUUUAAUAUCAA